AUGCGGACGCUCCCAUACUGGGAGCCAUCGGCGGGCACGGGGGAGGCCGGGGACAGGGCGGGGCCGGGAGCGUCCCCCGGCGUCGCGGGAGCCUUCGCCUUCGCCGGCGCCGGCGCCUCGGCGGCGGGAGCGGGCGCCGGAGAGGCGGCGGGGGGUGGCAAUGGCGGCGACAAGGCUGGGGGGAGGAGAGGCGGCGGGGUGGCCGGAGGAGGGGCGGCGACGGGCGGCGGGGUGGCGGUCUGGCUGGGCGGCGACGGGCGGAGGAGGGGCGGCGACGGCGGAAGGGGUGGCUGGAGGAGGGGCGCGACGGCGGCAGGGGUGGCCGGAGGUUGGCGGCGACGGGCGGUAGGGGUUGCCGGAGGAGGGGCGGCGAUCGGGCGGCGGGUGGCCGGAGGGAGGGCGGCUGCCGGGCGGGGGUGCGACGGGUGGUGGGGGCGGUGCGGGGGUGGGGAGGAAGGGGAGAGGCCGGCGGGAUUGGGCAAUUGCAGGGGGAGAGGAGGAGGGAGAUGGAGAUGGAGAGGGAGAGGAGAAACGCAGAGUGGAGCGCCAUGGACGGUGAGCUCCGGGGGAAGGAGUAGAGGUGAUGAGGUGAAAGGGGGGUGGUUUCGGUGA